GGCGGUGCGGCGGGCGGAAGCGGGGGGACGGAAGCGGAAGCGGGGCCGGGCGGGCGGUGCGGCCGCCGCCGUCGGUGCCGGCGAUGCUGUCGCUGGACUUUCUGGACGAUGUGCGGCGCAUGAACAAGCGGCAGCUGUACUACCAGGUGCUGAACUUCGGCAUGAUCGUCUCGUCCGCCCUCAUGAUCUGGAAGGGGCUGAUGGUGGUGACGGGCAGCGAGAGCCCCAUCGUGGUGGUGCUGAGUGGAAGCAUGGAGCCUGCUUUUCACAGAGGAGAUCUCCUGUUCCUCACGAACCGAAUUGAAGAUCCAAUCAGAGUGGGAGAAAUCGUGGUCUUUAGGAUAGAAGGAAGGGAAAUUCCUAUAGUCCAUCGCGUCCUGAAAAUUCAUGAGAAUUCUGUCUUUUCCAGGCUGAAGAGUCCUGGUCUGUUGUUUCUUGUAUGGAAGUGGUUCCAGACCUUGUUAUCCAUUUCUGAACCUUUGCCAGUUCUUCUCUCCAUUUCAAAAAAGGAUGUAGGGGGUUCAGAACUGCACAGAGCAUUCAAGAUGCAAAACGGUGACAUCAAAUUUUUGACAAAGGGAGACAAUAAUGCUGUUGAUGACAGAGGGCUGUACAAACGAGGGCAGCACUGGUUGGAGAAAAAGGACGUAGUAGGACGAGCGAGAGGAUUUGUGCCCUAUAUUGGAAUAGUGACUAUCUUAAUGAAUGAUUAUCCAAAAUUUAAGUAUGCAGUCCUCUUUUUACUGGGGUUAUUUGUGCUGGUCCAUCGAGAGUAGCCUUUUGCACUGAAGUACGAGGUGAAGGUGCCAUGGAUUUUUUAGAUGAACGUUUUACGUAGAUGAUGGUCUGAUGUGCCGGGAGGAAGAUGAAAACAUGCAUUUCAAAGCUUCUUGCCAGUUUGGGUUUGUUUUGUUUUUUACUGCGUAAGGGCGAAUGUUUGUCACAGUAUUUCCAAUGGUUUGUCACAUUUUAGCAUUUUUAGUGAGUUUUUAUAUUAAAAAUUUAAGCCAAACUGUUCAGUGUUUGUACUUUGAAGCUGAGCUUCCUCUCGAAGUGCCUACAGGACUGUGUCCUCUAAGUCUGUGCCUCCGCUGGGCAAGCGUGGCCUCUGCCUGUGCUGACUGGUCUGUGAAACGGUGAGCUGUGGAGGUGAUGUUUUUUCCAACUGAGAACUGGAAUAAAGAUUUUUGCAUCUCGCCCAGUA